AUGUCGUACAAUCACCACCCGUCAGACUCUCUAUCCAACGCCGCCUACCCUUCCGAUUCCUCCUACACACCAGGCCAAUCCCAAAACCACCACCCCUCAGACUCACUCGCCAAUGCCGCCUACCCUCAAGACUCCUCCUACCGUCCGUCCGCUCCGACGUCCCACCCAGACGAUAAGCUCGCCAUGCCCGAAGCCCGCUACUCCCAAUCAUUCAACACCGCCGCUAUCGGCGCCGGCAGCAGACAAGCACCGACCGCCCCGUAUCCCCAGUACCCCUCGAACGCCGCUCAGUCCCCGGCCUGGGUCCCGUCGCCGACGCACGAUCCUCUGAUGGGGCCGUAUUCGCCUGCUCGCGGCCCGGGCGUCCAGCCCUGGAGUCCCGAUGGCAUGUCCGCCGCGAACCCGAAUCUGCCGCCCCCGCCGCCGUAUGACCCUGCGAGACCGGGCACCGGGGCCACAGGAACGAGCACGCCGAGGGAGCCGAACUCGCCGCACCCGAGUGAAACAGCGCUUUUGGGUCAGCAUCAACAACAACAGCAGCAGCAGCAGCAGCAGCAGCAGCAGCCCCAGAUUCAUCAGAAUGCGGCGAUGCCCGCGCAGCCCCAGAGCCCUUACACGCCGCAGCAGCAGACGCCAGUCCCGGCCGCAGCGCACAUCGCGGAACCACCAACACAAAAUGGCGAACAGCCUAGAGCGUACCUUCAGUCCAUGACGGGCGGCAUGCCUGCGUACGGAAACAACCCCGGCGGACUCGGGCCGGUAGCGAAGGAGAGGAAGAGGAAGAAGCAGAAGCUCGCUAUUCUAGCGGCGGUCCUGUGCGCCGUAUUGCUGUUCCUGAUAGCGUUGAUUGUCGGCGUGCUGGUUGGUGUUGUCAAGGUUGGCAGGGAUGAGAAGCCGCCUCCGCCAGGCCCGCCAGGGUUCUAA